UUGGCUGAUGCUGUUGCUUUUCUUGGUACAGAAUAUAAUGGGUUUGUGAAGGUUUUAGUGGUGACUGUAGCAAGCAUUCACUUAACAGAAUCAUUAGUCGGCCUUUAUGUGUGCUAUAAGAGGCAGCUUCAUGUUUGGACAACCUUAGCUUGGACAAUGCAAAUUUUGGCUGUUGGUAUGAUCUCUUUACGUUUCCUAAUCUGGCCAGAGGAAGAAAUGGCUAAGAGGAACAAAAAAGUCAAGUAAAAGUGUCUGCACAUUAUCAAAACUAUUACACAGGAAUACCUACAUUGUAUCACCAGAACAGAUUCUUGCUUUAGACAUUUAUGAUACAUAAUAUCAUAUAUGAAACUUCUUUACCACAGUUCCUAAAAUCAUGAAUUACAGUAAUAAAAUUUAGUAACAA